AUGACCUGGCACCCUCCUCCUUCCCUUUCGGUCUUCGGAGCGCUCCGGGCUUCACCUUCAGCAUCACUCCCUCAUGUAUCGGCCACCGCGACUGGCGCUCUGCUCAUCAUGAGAUCUGCCGAUGACCAGGUCACUCCACAUAAAAAAGUGCGCCUUGCAUGUCGACGAUGCAGGACAAAGCGAAUAAAGUGUGAUGGGGGCAUCCCUGCCUGCUCAAACUGCGCAAAGGCUGCUGUCUCCUGUGUCGAUGUCGACGGUCGCAAUAAUGACCGUUCCAUCCCUCGCGAUUAUGCUGCGCGAUGCCGCUCUCGCAUCCAGUGGUUAGAGCAGCAAAUCAAGAUUCUCGAUGCUGAUUUCGACCUCACACAGGGUCCGCAGCUGGACACCAGCGGCUCUGAGGUCAACCAUGAUAUAACCAUAGAAGCUGCUCACCAAUCCACGCCUGAACAGACGGUUGAGCCACCAUCAUCACGGAAACGACCACAUGCUGCACUCGAAAAUUCCGACUCCUAUGCAGUUUCCGAUCCUGCACCGGCUGCUGAGGCCCGUUCGGUUGCUGUGGACCUGGGAAUGCUGUCCCUUCACUCAGACUCCCGCCAAAAGCAUUACCUAGGCUCUUCGUCUGGCCUUUUCUUUACCAACCUGAUCGGUGCCCACAGCGAUGCUCUAGCAAGUCCAGCCUCGACAUCGACAGGACCGGUAAAAAGUCGACGCAAACGCUCUCACCCGUCGUUAGAUUCGUUCUACUUGCUAUAUAGAACGCUCUCGGCGGAUCUCCCUUCCGCCGAAGAGGCCACGACAUUGUUCAAUGUUUACCUACAGGAAAUCCACAUCGAUCACCCAUUUCUGCACCCAAUAUCACUGCUCGAGGCUUAUAGCGCUCUUAGCUUCUGCGCGGGACAAAGUCUGGAACAAUCUGCCAACGUGGACGCGAAUGGCUGGCCAGACGAGAUGGCUCCAUUUCCCUAUAAUGGGCGCUAUGAUAAAGUGGCCGACAAGGAUGUUACGCCCAUCUCCAUUUUUACGGCUGUCCUGCAUGUAUUUAUGGUGUUCUCCGUUGCAGCUACGGUUCUCACUCGAAAUAAAAAUUUUGACUUCUCACCAACUCGUUUUUAUAAAAUUGCAGCCAGCUCCGCGCCAGAAUGUUUGUCUAGCAUAUCCCUUUCGGGACUACAAAGCAUUCUCCUCUUUACAGUUCAGGGAAUGACUGCUCCUACGAAUCUCAACAUUUGGACUUUGGUGCACGUGGCCAUGUCCCAUUGCAUUGAUUUAGGCUUACACCGCGAGCCCAGGGGUGUCUCCGAUGGAACACCUGUUUCGCUUGCGAUGCGGCGUUUUAUCUUUUAUACCGUUUACAACUUGGACAGAUCAAUCUCAACCAUCCAAGGUCGACCACUCGGCAUACGAGACGAAACCUUCGAUCUCCGAAUUCCACGAUCGGCCGAUAUCCCCGUUGAGCAUAUUCCUAUUGCGAAUGGCCUGAGCGGGUUACGCCCAAGUAUCCCGCACGAUAUGACAUUACCCGUUUAUCGUUUCUUAUUGGACCCUUAUAUUUCAGAGAUUAAAAUGUUAUUUUAUCAUCUCCCGAGCCAGGGAAGUGUAUUCCACUGGCCGGCGGACCACUCGGCGGAGCAGGAACGUAUCAAGGCUUCGCUUGACAGCUGGCUCGCCGAAGCCAAGCUCGCUUGGUCGGAAUCCAACAGGGACCAGCAAGAGCCGGACGAGUUAGCAAAGUCCCACCUCAAACAGCUCAGGCUGGAAGCUCUGUAUCAUGGUACGGUAACGCUUCUGUACCAACCAUCGCAGGCAUUCCCGUCCCCCACACAAUCUGCCCUUCUCCAAUGCUAUCAGUCCUCCAGUGAGCGUAUCCAUAUCUACAACCAUCUAAACAAUGAGGAGGGUCUCUAUUACAAUUGGCGGAACAUCCAUGGCAUAUUCUCGGCUGGAGCCACCAUAGUGUACUGCCUUUGGGCAUCGCCGGAUAUACAACUAGUGAUUCCUUUUGCAGACGCAUUGCGCGAUCUCCGAGUCUGCUCAAAUCUGUUGAGUAUCGGAGGACAAUGGUGGCCCUCGGUGCGCAAUGGGAAAGAGAACUUCGACCGGAUUGUUGAUCUGACGAUCAAACAACUGAGUCGUUUACGUGCCACCAACACAUCCGCUGAGACUCAACGGGCAACUCAUCGGAGCCGGAUCAGUGGUGAUGGACAACCAACUGACCCUUUCCUGAAUAACGGGGCGGGGCCGCUCUCUAACGACGCAUUCCCUGGGUUCGAUAGCCCCGGACACCAAACUGCUCAUCUCUUGGCACCGCAGUCAUUCCCCUACGACAUGCGACAUCCUGACGAGGCUGCAACCACCCCAGUAGACUCUGUUAUGGAGAACUUUUUCGCAGAGUUCCUCCACGGGGACUGGGGCUGGGACCCAUUCUCGGUCUGCCUAGACACUUCAAUUCUCUGA